CAAAUCUAUUAUAAGAAAUAUUAUACUCCUCCAUAUUUGAACUGCAAAUGAAAUCAAUGUAUAGUCUAUUUAACAUGCAUAUAAAGAUUUAUACUUUUAUAGGCAAUACUACUAAGUUUAUAAGUUUUGAAACACAAUGGAAAACAAUCUUAAUAUCGUUAAAACCCUUUCACUCUCGCGGUUUUUUUAGGUCAUAAUCCGGUCGGUCUGCACGACGCUUCAUAACGUUGAACGUCUGCAGACGUAAAAAAAUUCUAGUCAGUGCUGCAGGAAUUGCAUUCUUAUAACUUUAAUGGUUUCAGUGCAGUUAUAGUUAGAGAUUGUUGCUGAUAAAGCAAAACAACAUUUAGAUUUGUGUUAUUAUGUUACAAGUGUCAUGGAUUAGGUCCUAAUUAGACACAGCUAUAAAUAUCAGCUGAAUCCAAUUAGCACCAAAUAUUCCCCAUGGAUACAGGACCAGAAAGACCCGAAUUGACCAGGAGCUAUGAGGGCACAUCACUUUCUGACAUGGACAAAGGCUUUUGUACAGAUCAAAGUAUAUCAUCACUAUCUGUGACUUCAACCGAUGCUUCCCUGAAACCAAGUAAAAGCAUUGUGGUGGAGUAUUCAGAGCCUAACCCUACAGUUUUACCACGUCUGAACUACGCAAUGAGUAUUUUGUCACCUCUGUUUGGGGUCAGCAAAAACCUUCUCUCCCCAGGCAACACCUUAAAUACUAGGCCGAACAGUCCAGUGGAAGACAAGUCCUCCACACCCUAUGAGAGGGUGAAAUUUCAAAAGUCCAUUGUGGUAGACUCGCUUGACCUGUCGUGUGUUGACCUGACCACCACCCAUCCUUCAUGGGAAGUGUCCCUCGUAAACCCCAUGGUGGAGAGCCCAAAGUCAUGCUUGGAGUCUACGUGGAGUCCCAUUGACCCAUCAGCACCUCCUGAGAUCCCACUGAUAUGGUCAGGAACAUCACCUUGUCCAAAUGUUUCAGAAGACCUCCAGCACUCCUGGAAAGAAAUGGUCUUGCUGAGAUCUGGUCGAGUUCCUGGAAACUCCGAGUUUAGGGAUGAACAGCAGAGUUUUUUGGACUUGGCGAUUUGAUAUUUGGGGAAACAUGAUGCUUUCUAGAAUGGUAUUCGCAACUGCGUAGAUGCAUACAAUAAAUGUAUUUAUGUUGAAAUGUUGGAAAAUUAUUCAAAUGAUUGAAAUUGUUUUCAUAAAUAAAAUCUUUUAAAAUGCAA